UCGGCCAUGGCGCCCGUCCGUCCGGUUAUGGUUAUGGUCGCCUCGUCGUCGUUGUCGUCGGAGGGGAAGGUGGUUCAAUGGCUCCCCGUAUCGCUGACGUGUUUUGACGCGGGUACUUGCGUGCCAGUGACUAGCCAGAAACUUUCGUCGAGCGUCGCAUAAGUCGCCCGUUGACUUAUAAACACUGUACAAUCUGACAGCACAAAGCGGUGAUGGGAAGUGUUAGCGCCCAUAAGCGCGAGAUUCCGCUGAAGUAGCAGCCGUGUGUUAAUGCUAAUGCUAAUGCUGAAAUGAAAUUUGCCUUGAAUAUUAACCUCCGAAAUUAUGAAACAACACGCAGCGCUGCCUUUACAGUUCCGCUGCAGCUUGUAAGCUAAAUAUCCGUCUGUUCGUGGAACCUCCUAAGUUAAUCGAAACGGGUCUAGAUAUAAAAUGUGUUGAGGAACAUUUGCUAAAAACAGUUAAACGAAUGUUAAAUAGACUCGCUUGGACUGAGGCGGUUUACAGUCAACGUUACUUAACUUAGGCUAGCUGGCUAGGUUAGCUCAUGUUAGCUUCUUCUCAUUAUGCUUCGCUUUAACCCACUUGGUAAAGCUAGCAUAGCUAAGCUAACAAGUCAGUUAUGAGCCUUAUUAGCUGGCAUUUACGUUAACUAACUACCUCUAAUGAGAACAAUAAACGGGGCCAGACAGCUUAACAGAGUGGCUAGUUACCUAAGUUAACUUAGCUUUUAUGAGAUUGUUCAGCGAUGGGUGUUUCAUAACUUCUGCUGUUGCUGGUGUUUUCCACCGUCAGCGCUUGUUAUAAAUGAAUAUGUAGGUGUUUUGAGUAGGAAUCUCAGGCUUAAAAUAAUGUGCCUCUCAGCCGUGAAAAUCAGUCGUAAUCUGUCUUGGAGAAAUGCCAGUUGAAGUAAUAAAAAUAAGAACAGCUAUUAAAUGUACACUGGAAGCCUUCGAGCGUUUAAUAACGGAGGGAACAGGUCUCUCUAGGGAGAUGGACAACAUCUUGGGCUAUUGCCACAAAACUUUAAACUGUAGCUUAAUUACCAAAGCAUUCAAAAGUGGUAGAUUCGCCCAGUCCUUUCAGCUGGUGCCUAAAAAAAAAAACAAAAAAAACACCUAGCCCACUUGGGGCCUUGAUGUGUUAAUGGUAUUACUAAAUCUUCUGAAGAACAUGGAAACACCGCUUCUGUUUUUAAUCUGGAGAUAGGACAGUGGGUGCUAGACAGCCCACGUUUUAUCCCUUCAACAGAUUUUUAUCACCAUCAGCAGUGACACAGGGUCUGGCUGGCCACUGUGCAGUAUUGAGAUUUAGGAGUGUAUGAGCAAUGCGCUCACUGUGUGAGUCAGAGUGUGAGUGAAGUCUGUUCCGGCGCUGUGAGAGAAGUAGAUUCAGUGCCGGAGGGGCUGAGUGGAAAUACUGACUAAAACUAUGCUCUUAAGGCAGAAGAACUGUGCUACCAUCCCACUUGGCAAUGGAGGAGGUUCACCAGAACAGCACUAAUGGCACUGAGUCACAAACUGUUACCAUCCCUACAACUAUUACAGCUUCUCAGUUAUCACAAUUACAACAGAUGUCUCUGGGAGGUUCUCCAGUCACUGUGUUGCAGCUGCCUGGUGGUCAGAUUCAAGUUCAAGGAGUGAUCCAGUCUGCCCAGUCAUCAGUUAUUCAGUCACCACCAGCACAAGUACAGGGUCAUCGGUCUGACAGUGAAGAUUCUCAGGACUCAACAGACAGUGGAGCUUCUAACCAGAAAACAAGGGAAAUUCUGGCCAGGCGCCCAUCUUACAGGAAGAUUUUAAAUGACCUCUCAGGUGAAGAGGUUGUGAGUCGUAAUGAAGGAGAGGAAGAGACUUCUGCUUCGUCUGCUAUGACAACCGUGUCUCUCCCCACACCAAUCUAUCAGACUAGCAGUGGACAGUACAUUGCGAUCGCAUCAAACGGCUCUCUGCAGUUGGCUAGUGCUGCCGCUGAGGGUGUACAGGGCCUGCAAACACUUACUAUGACCAAUUCCAACCCUAGCCAGCCUACUAUAUUACAAUAUGCACAGACUGCUGAUGGACAACAGAUACUGCUUCCCAGCAACCAGGUGGUGCUACAAGGUGCAGGAGGUGAAAUGCAGGCCUAUCAGAUUCGCUCAUCAUCUUCAGCUCUGCCUCAGACCGUAGUCAUGACGUCACCGGUCAUUAGCUCUCAGGGCAAGACAGACGACCCUCAGUUAAAGCGAGAGAUCCGCCUAGCUAAAAACAGGGAGGCAGCUCGUGAGUGUCGCAGAAAGAAAAAGGAGUAUGUGAAGUGCUUGGAGAACCGUGUGGCUGUGCUGGAGAAUCAAAACAAAACGCUGAUCGAGGAGCUCAAGACAUUAAAGGACCUUUACUGUGUCAAAACGGGCUAG